UUUUUUCCAAAAAAAAUAAAAAGAAUAUAUUUUUGUGUAUAAAUAUAAAUAUAAUUGGUGUAAAUGAAAUAAUCAAAGAUCUCUUCUUCUGUAAUUUCUUCAUCUUCAUUCAUCCAUGGCUACUUGCUUUGCUCCUUUGUCCCUCUCUUCCGUCUCUGGAAGAAGAUCUCAUCUUCAUCCCAAUCUCAAGGUUUUCCCAACUAAAGCAUCAAACUUUAGAAUAAUUCAAACUAAAUCCAAGUCAACCAACCGCAAUUUCUCUGUUCGUUCAGAAUACCGGGAUGAUGAUGGUAAUAGAGGUGGUGGUGGUGGUGAUUUUGUGGCUGGGUUUCUUCUUGGAGGUGCUGUGUUUGGUACCUUGGCCUAUGUAUUUGCUCCACAGAUUAGAAGAUCUCUUCUUAAUGAAGAUGAAUAUGGAUUUCGAAAGGCCAGGAAACCAAAUAUGUUAUUAUUAUUCUCUGUUGAUGUUUUUUUUUUCUUUAUUUACUCAAAUUGGAUAUUUGGUUUAUAGCUUUAUUUCUUGAAAAGGGUUGUUUCAAUCUCCGAACUUAUUUCUUACUGCAUGAAAUUGAACUUUUAGAUUAUUAAGUUUAAAUUAGGAAAGUCCAAAACUUGGGAUAUUCUCUAUAGACUUUUGCUUCAGUUUUACUUCCACUGUUGAUCAGCCUCACAUGAUUCAACUGUGGAAAAUCACAAAACAAAAAGUCCAUUCAGUAACUUUUGCAAAGCACAGAGCUUAAAAUAAUAUUUACCCAUAAUAAUAUUCUCUAUUGAUCUUUUUUAUUCUUUAUUUACACAAAUUGGAAAUGGGAUUUAUAGCUUUAUCUCUUAAAAAGGGGUUGUUUCAAUCUCCAAACUUAUUUUCUCUUGCAUGAAAUUGAACUUUUUGAUGAUUAAGUUUGAAUUAACAAAGUACAAAACUUGGGAUAUUCUCCCUUUUAUAUAUCUUUAUACACUUUUGAUUCUGUUUCCCUCCCACUGCUAAUCAGUCUCACAUGAUUCCAUUGUUGGAAUUCACACUCAUCAUUCAUUCAAUGAUAGGGAGAUGGAUUGUCAUAUCUUUCUUGUGCUUAACAUUCCUGUGAAAUGUUGGUUUUGGUUGGUCACUAUGUGUUAUGCCUUCUUGUUUUGGUAUCAAUACAUCUCUCUUACUAGCUUAUGAUUCAACUUUACAACUCCAUUUUCAAGUUGAAUUUCAUUUUGUGAAAAAUUCAUUCUGUAUCGAAUAUCUCUAUGCAUUGUGUGCUGAAGGUUGGCUUAGGCAUUGCUUCUUUCAUUCGAAAUGUAUGGCUUAUUGUUGUUUUGUUUUAAAGUUGAUGGGUGAUAUUACACACACACACACAGAUUUUGUUGUUUACAUUUUCUUUUUGGUGGUUGGUUAUAGAUUAGAAGAUCUCUUCUUAAUGAAGAUGAAUAUGGAUUUCGAAAGGCCAGGAAACCAAUAUAUUACGAUGAAGGCUUAGAA